AUGACACAUAUUGUCCACAGGCCUUGUAUUGAAGAUGAAACAUUUGAACAAGUUGAUAUAAUCCCAUCAAAGCUUCCACCAGCUGGUAUCGCACUGGACACAGAUUAUCUUUUUACAUCCCGAACGGAGCCCAUGACGCAGGCUCAGUUUGAGGCCAUGCUCGACCCUGAUGGUCGUCUUAUUAAUGAACAUCAGUUGAGGAAAGCUGUGUUUCUAGGGGGUGUCUGUGAGAACAUUAGGAAGGAAGUCUGGUCAUUCUUGUUUGGCUUGUACCCCUGUAACUCUACAGCCAGGGAGAGGGAGGCCAUGCUUAUUGACAACGCUGUCCGCUACCACGAAAUGAAAGCCAGAUGGAAAACCAUGUUAGUGCUCAGUUCUCUCCCGAGUUCCAGCCCCCUAGAGCAGGGCCUCUACGCCAGGUACCAGUUACCCGAGGACCCGUGUCCCGUCUCGCCCGACAUCACCCACAGAUCUGUGUCAGAAGAUGUCUUCAGUGAAAGAAUGAAAGCUGCCAUGUGUUUUAAUCAUCUGGGUAAACAUUUUUACAGAAUCGACUUCACCACACUUGGCUACCCCAACUUAGAGGAACAGUACAGUUCUCCUGAGAUCUUGCAGAAGAUUGAGUUCAUGAGACUCCAGGCCCAGGUACAAGUGAAUCGUCACAAGAUUGAAAUGGCAAAACUGAAAGCUAACAUUCGAGUCAUUGACAAGGAUGUACCACGGACUGACCGCGACCAAGAGUUUUUCAAAGGUAAAGGCAACCCUCGUUUGUCCGAGCUGAGGGAAAUACUCAUCACGUUCGCCGCUUACCAUGACCAUCUGGGCUACGCACAAGGCAUGAAUGACAUACUGUCCAGAUUUUUGUUCGUCAUGCGUUCCGAGGUGGAGACCUACUGGUGUUUCAAAACCUACAUAGAAAAGAUCGGCAAUGAUUUCAUGGAGGAGGGCAUGAUACGCAAAGUUGAGCUGGUGAGACUGCUGCUCCAGGAGAUGGACCCAGAGCUGCACAAACACCUGGAGAAGAUUGAGCUUGGGAAUCUGUUCUUCUGUCACAGAUGGCUACUUCUAGGCUUCAAGCGAGAGUUCAACUACGCCGACUCACUGAGGUGCUUUGAGAUUCUUUCCAGCCACCACUUGGAGCUGUCCAGCUUGGAAACUGAGAGAACUGUCAUGCGUGAGGAGAUGAGAGAGUUUGAAAAUACAGGGGGUGACACAAGAACCACUGGACUGACCACACAGAAAGAAUACACAUUUGAGGUGUUUAUGUGUGCCACGGUGCUGACAGAAUGCAGGGAUGAGUUCUUCAAAUGUCACGAGUGUGGACAAGUAUUCAGUUUUCUCAACGGGCUAAAGUUUGACCUUGAGUCACUGCUGACGAAAUCUGAAAGGUUGUUUUAUGUGUACUGCAAGAAAACGGUCGGAGAAAGCUUCCAGAUGGUUGACAAUAAACUUGAUUCCGUGGACAAGCCAGGUUUUUUCUCAUUUAUAUUCAGAUGA